AGACCUUGUCGGUUUGAUAGAUGAAUUCUAGUGUUCAAUAUCGCAACAACACAAGUGCACGUGCUCGACGGGUCCAGAAUGAGUAUUGACGACAGGGGAAAUAUCAAAUUUCUUUUGUACACGGAAAUGGGUUUAUGUUUGACAUAUAUGCAAAGCGAUGUUGGCGAUGUGGAACUUAUACUGCACUGAAAGGGAUGAAAUAUUUUACAGUGGAAAUAGCUGCCGGAUUAUAUUGGUUUAUGCCAAUGUACGACGCGACUAGCAAGGAUAUGCUGGUGUUUCUGUUGUAGACUCAUAAGUUGACACAAACAAUUGGAAGAGAUGGGAAACAUUGCAUCUGUGGAAAGCCGUAAACGUCAAGAGAUAGAAGAUCUUGUAAAGUCCAUGUUGGAGACGUUUGAAUCAGAAUAUAUAACUGCAUAUAGUGGUGAAAUAUUGAAAUGUAGCGAAGAAACUCCAGAAAAUGACUUCUCGUUUUCUCUCAAAUUUUGUCCAUGGGAACGACUCGAAUGUCCGAUAAAGAAAGGCUAUCUUACAAAACAAGGGGUUAUUGUGAAAAGUUGGCGACGGAGAUAUUUUGUCGUGCGAUCAAACUACCUGAUUGAUUACUAUGAAAACAAGGAGACCUAUGACAAGGGACUAAAACCCAAAAGAACUAUCAAUCCAUGUGGCUACAGAACUGUCCCCAACAUCGAAGAUGAAAUAAGUCGAAAGCGGAAAUCAUUGGCGAAAAUGUUAGAUACAUUUGCUGAAGCAGAUGUUACCGAGAAAUUUCCAGACCAUUCAUUUGGCGUCGUUCAUGAUAAACUUCGAAACUUCUUCAUUUAUGCUGAAAGCGAGGAAGAAAAAUCUGAAUGGAUGGACAUGUUUGAUCUUUGCUGUGCUUCUGUGAAAGGUCUUGAUAUCGUCGAUCCAGUAGAGGAGUCAACAUUUCAUGAAGCAGUUCAUAAAACUUUAACUAUUUAUGGUUUUCCUGACCAUUUCAAAUACCAAGGCACAAAAGAAAAGGUGAUUUAUGACAUCAUAAGUGCUAAAGUUGACGCAAAAUUCAUGGCUGAACUGUGUAAACACGUGAAAGGACUGUCUGCGAAGUUGAAAGUCAGAGAUCAGGUGCUCAAACAUUUAGACGCUUCUUUAAUGUCUCUUGUAACGGCCAUGUGGCAGAAGCUUGAACUUAAUACAUCAAAGAUGAAGUCUGAAAUUGAAUUAACUUUGUACGAAAAACAACGCGAGAUUGAUGCUGUGCGUCGGAAAGUCGAAUGGGAAAUGAACGGAACAACAAGGAUGUGCCUUGAUGAGGCAUUAAAAGAUACGAAAGUACGAAUCCUGAGGAUGUGUCCUGUACUAGAAAAAUCCAUGUUCGAUGCAUUGUGUGAAGUGCGAAAUAUUUACGAAAGAAAUAUUGUUGAAAUCGGUGUAGAUGUUGAACAGCGAGAUGAGAUUGAGAUACCAAUUUUGAGAUACGUGCAUUCCUUGGACAUGAUAGCUAGAACUCCGUCCGAGAUGGCUUCGGCUUAUCAGUGCCUCGAUUCCCUGAAAAAAGAGCUGACGUCACUCCAAGUGGACAUAAACACGUUUGAUGCAACGGCGAUGAUGCUGCGGGCUCAGGACAAGCUGAGACGUGUCAUGGACGCGUUAGUGAACACAUUCGAAGUGAAAUUUUUUGAAGUGUCGAACGAAGUCGAAGGAAAGUUGAAACACAAACAGUUGCGGAUGAUGAUCGAAAAUUUAGACGAUGAGAUUGCAAAUAACAUGUUUGAAAAUAAUGUGAAGGAAAUCAUGUACAGGUUCAAUAUGGAUACAUUAAAGACCAUAUUUAUCCCAUACGUGCACCGAAAUAUCCAUGAAAAAUGCACAAUGGAAGUUGAAUCAGCGGAAAAGGUAAUUCCUGAACAUCUCAAGGUCGUCAUCAAUACCAAUAACGAAUAUAGAGUUCUUGUUGAGCGAUCCGUUGAAGAUCUUAUAAGGCAAGUUUUGCUGAAAAAAGACGAUGCAAAACAACGUUCGUUUAAAUCAAGUUUACGCCAAAGUAGGCGUAAAACAUUCCCAAAGUUCAUUCGCCGACAGACGAAAUUUCAAGAUUCUGGUAGCGAAGCUGGUCUCGAACGAAGAGUGUCGUAUCCGCAGACAAAAAUGGCGUAAAAGGUGAACAGCGUAAAGGCGGCUUGAACAAUCAUUCAGUUAGCCUGCCUAUUCAGGCAGAUUACUGUGAGCGUUACUUGUACAAUAUUGAUGACAUGCAAGAAAUUCAUCUGACGUUAGAACGAGACACCAAACUAUGAUUUACUGGUGAAAAAUAUUCUUCUUUUCGUAUUGAAUGUGCAUGUGUUUGGCCGUCUGCGUGUGGAUUAAGAAGUUAAUCUAAAUGAGUAAAGAAAUAUUUUGAUCAAAUUCAGGUGGCACGUGCCUUGAUGAUUUACUAAGGCUGUAAACAUGUCCGUGAGUUUCAUCAUUUAUCAAGAACUGUCCUCUAAUGACGUCAAACGUCAUUACUUUUGUGUCAGUUUCCUAUUGUUGAAGAAGUAAAUAUUGUGAAAAUGUGAUUUAGAACAUCAUUUUAAGAAUUUAAGAGUUGAAUAUUUCAAACGAUGAUUGUAAAUAAUAGUUACGUUCGUAAAAGUAAAAGUUCUGUAAGGGUAAAA